UUGCGCUUGGCAUCGUGCUAAGCGCCGGCAGAGUUCACACAACAAUUCCUUGACGCCAAAUGCCAAUCAGGAGGUCAGCAGAUUCAUGCCCAAGCUCUGUAAACUCCUCCCUUGCUCAUCCUUCCCACAUCCGCAUGUUGGUGAUGACGAUCGUGGCAAUGAGCAAGAAACACCAAAGCUUGAGUUUAAUAGGGUUGGUUUCUCUCAAAGGAUGAAGGAAAUUGUAGAGAAACUGCAGCAUAUGCGCAAUGAGAUUAACAAGAUUUUGCAGGGUUGUGCCCCUAAAACUGUUCCAGACAUUGCCCAGGGUCGUCCUAUCACCAAAGGUCGAAUUGAUGAGCCAAAACUGUAUGGGAGGGACAGUGUCAUGAAGAGCAUCAUGGAUGAUAUCACCAAUGGUCAAUACUGUGACAAUGGUCUAACCGUGCUUCCGGUUGUUGGUCCGGGAGGAAUGGGGAAGACAACUCUGAUACAACACAUAUAUCACAAUGAACAAGUGCAGAAUCAUUUUCCAGUCACUAUUUGGAUAUGUGUGUCAGUCAAGUUUGAUCUGGAAAAAGUGCUAGGACAGAUUAAAACAUGUAUCCCUGCAGUUAAAGAUGAAAAAGAGGGCAGUACAACUGAAGAUUUGAUUGAGCAAAGAUUGAAAUCUAAAAGGUUCUUACUUGUAUUGGAUGAUAUAUGGAAGAUUAGUAAUGGGGAUGACUGGGGAAAAUUAUUGUCAACACUCAAUAAAUCAGAGGGAAAGGGUUCCAUGAUUCUGGUCACAACUCGGUUUGAAGCAAUAGCACAGAAGGUUGAAACACAUUGCCAAUCAAUAAAGCUGAAUGGUUUAGAAUCUGGAGAGUUUAGAAAGUUAUUCCUUGCAUUUGUCUUUGGUGAUGAGCAAUAUCCAAGGGACAAACAAUUUUUGCUUGAGACUGGAGAUAAGAUAAUGGAAAAACUAAAGGGCUCCCCUCUUGCAGCAAAAACGGUUGGUAGAUUACUGAGUAAAGACCAUAGUUUGUGUCACUGGAAAAGGGUCCUGAAAAGUAAAGGAUGGGAGAAGCAGACAGAUGACAAUGAAAUUAUGCCUGCCUUGAAGCUUAGCUAUGACUUCCUUCCUUUCCAUCUGCAACAGUGUUUUGCUUAUUCUGGAUUGUUUCCUGAAGAUUACAAUUUCAGAAGUGAUGAGCUGAUCAGUCUAUGGAUCAGACUAGAUAUUUUGAUACCCAAUGGCCAAAACCAAACAUUUGAAGACAUAGGUCUGAGCAAUUUAAAUGAGUUAGUCACGCAUGGAUUUUUCAGAGAAGAGGAAACCGAGUAUGGUAUGCAUUAUGUUAUGCAUGACCUACUGCAUGAUUUGGCAUUGAAGAUUGCAUCACAUGAUUGUCUUAGUUUAUGUCUCUCUGAUGUUGGACCAGUGGAAGCUCAGCCAUCCGUCCGUCACUUGUCUAUAAGCACAGACGGCUUAGGUGAAUAUGAUGCAGUGUCUGGUGAAAAAUUGAAGAGUAAAUUGGAAGAACUAAACACAAGAUUUCAGGCUGGACGUUUGCAAACAUUGAUGUUAUUUGGAAAAAUGGAUGAAGGUUUUGUCAAGAUAUUUGGUGAUUUUUUGGGGGAAGCGAACACUCUUCGUGUUCUUCAUUUGCCCAAAAUGUUUUGUCCCAUGGAGUUCAUGUUACAUAACUUUUCGGGACUUCUCCACCUACGAUACCUAUGUCUAGGGCAUUUACCACUUAGCAUCUCUAAAUUUUAUCAUUUAAGGAUUCUAGAUCUUAAAUGGUGGAAUGACAGUCGUGAUUUACCUGCUGACAUGAGCAACCUUGCCAAACUGUGCCAUUUUUAUGUACCAAGUGAUGGUCAGCUUCAUUCUGAUAUUUAUAAUGUGGGUAAACUUAAACUCUUAGAAGAGUUAAAGGUAUUUCAAGUCAAUAGAAGAAGUGAAGGGUUUGAACCAAAGCAGCUAGAGCACUUGACCAAGCUAAGGGAGCUUGGCAUCUACAACCUUGAGAAGAUAGAUACAGCAGAAGAAGCAGCUCAAGCAAAACUGAUGGAGAAAAAUUACUUGAGGAGGUUAACAUUGGACUGGGAUAGUAAGCGAUCUACCGUUGAGCCUGGUGUGGAAGCAGCAAUUCUUGAGAGCCUUCAGCCACAUGCAGAUCUUCAGGUGUUGUGCAUUAGAGGGCAUGGAGGUCCUUGUCCAACAUGGUUGGGUGAUGAGUUCGCUGUUGAAGGUCUACAAUCUCUUCAUCUUUAUGGUGUUUCUUGGGAAGUUUUCCCUUCUUUAGGGAAGGCGUGGGAUCUUCGUGAACUAAGGUUGAAGCAUAUGGCUAGACUGAAGGAGUUUAUCAUAGUGAAAAGCUUUUGCAUGCUAACGAAGCUUAUUCUCAUUGGCCUUGGAAGUUUUGAAAAAUGGACUUACACAGGUGGUGACUUGUUGCCACUGGAUGCUCAUAUGUUCUCUCUUUUGCAAGUGCUGAUUAUUAAAGAGUGCCCAAAGCUGGUGGGGUUACCUUUCUCAAACCAUAUUGUUUCCCCAGAUUGGUUCCCCAAGCUACAAGAGCUUGAGGUAAGCGUUUGCCCCGAAUUCUUGCCAGUGAUUCCCAUCUCCUGGAUUGAAAGGCUGUGUUCUGUUAUGAUGAAAUAUGUAAAGAUGCUAAGGAUGUUUACAUACUCAAAAUCAUCCAAUGGAGCAGAAUUGGAGAUUAUUGGAGGGGCUGAUUUGCAUAGCAUAGACCAAGUGUUAGUUUUUGAUAAAGAAACUCGACUUGAGAAGCUGAUGCUCUGUAGGUGCCCA